AUGAAGUCGGAAGAAAAGCCUUACAACCGCCUAGGCCCCAAAGAGGCCACGAAGGUGGCUUUCGGCGCAAUGUGGACACCUGUGAUAAUGCUGCUGCUAGGCGGGUUUACAAUCGCAGCGGCGUUGUCCAAAUAUGACAUUGCUCGGCGAAUGGCAUUGUUUGUGCUGAGUAAAGCCGGUUCCAACCACCGCGUGGUCCUUCUUACCAACAUGUUCGUGAGCAUGUUCCUCAGUAUGUGGAUCAGCAACGUAGCGUCGCCGGUUCUCUGCUAUUCGAUCAUCCAGCCCCUAUUGCGGAACCUUGCACCCGAUUCCAGCUUUGCCAGAGCUUUAGUUCUAGGGAUCGCCCUUGCUGCAAAUGUUGGUGGCGCAGCAUCACCGAUUGCUUCACCACAGAACAUUAUCGCUCUGCAGAACAUGUAUCCCAGCAUUAGUUGGGGUACGUGGUUCUUCAUCUCGCUUCCCGUCUGCAUCAUCUCGAUUCUGCUGAUCUGGAUACUUUUGCUGGUUACCUUCCGUCCUGGUCGUGAUACUACCAUUGUACCUAUUCGGCCUUUAAAGGACAAAUUCUCCGGCAUUCAGUACUUUGUCAGUAUUGUUACUUUGACUACCAUCGCGCUGUGGUGUGGUAGUCAUCAGCUAGAGCAUGUUUUCGGAGACAUGGGUGUGAUUGCAAUCAUCCCUAUUGUGCUGUUCUUCGGCACUGGUAUCCUGAACAAGGAGGAUUUCAAUAAUUUCCUCUGGACCAUUAUCAUCCUUGCUGCUGGCGGGCUAUGUCUUGGAAAGGCGGUGACGUCUUCAGGGCUUCUGCAAACCAUUGCAGAAGGUAUUCGGGUCCGUGUCGAACACUUCAGCCUAUAUGGAGUGUUGAUCGUGUUCUCGGCACUGAUUCUGGUUGUCGCAACAUUCAUUUCCCAUACGGUUGCCGCGCUGAUCAUGCUCCCCCUCGUCCGACAAAUUGGGGUGGGCAUGGACGACCCACACCCCAACCUUCUGGUUAUGGCCAGCGCACUCAUGUGCUCUGUGGCCAUGGCUCUGCCCACGAGUGGAUUCCCGAAUAUGACCGCCAUUAUGACGGAAGUGCCGCAGACCGGUCAGCGCUACCUGCAAGUGCGACACUUCUUUACGCGGGGCAUUCCCGCCAGUCUGAUGUCAUUUGUCGUGAUAGUCACGCUCGGAUACGGGCUGAUGUAUGUUGCCGGGCUAUAG